AAGGAUUAGAGUGCUGGAGAGGUUACUACCAGAGCUUACGUCCAACCCAGAUGGGGCUGUCACUCAAUAUAGAUAUAUCUGCAACAUCCUUCUUCAAGCCUGUGACAGUGGUCCAGUUUGUGCUAGAGUUCCUCAACUUACGUGAUGCCUCGCGGCCUCUGACAGACAGGGACCGUGUUAAGAUAAAGAAAGCACUCCGUGGGGUGCGUGUCGAAACAAACCACCAGGAAGACCAAAUCAGAAGAUACAAGAUAACAGGGAUUACUCCUGUUCCCAUGAGCCAGCUCAUAUUUCCUGUUGAUGAGAGAGGAACAAGAAUGUCAGUUGUUCAGUACUUCAUGCAAAGAUACAAAUACAACCUGCAGUAUACUUCUUGGCCCUGCUUGCAGUCUGGAAGUGAUGCUCGGCCUGUGUAUCUGCCUAUGGAGGCGUGCAAGAUUGUUGAAGGGCAAAGGUACUCUAAGAAACUGAAUGACAAGCAGGUCACCAACAUACUUAGAGCUACCUGUCAACGUCCCCAGCAGAGGGAGCAAAGCAUUCGUGAGAUGGUUCUGCACAACAAGUAUGCUGAGGACAAGUUUGCUCAGGAGUUCGGUAUCAACGUCUGCAGUGACCUGGUCUCUGUUCCAGCCCGUGUGCUGCCUCCCCCCAUGUUGAGAUAUCAUGAUUCUGGAAAGGAGAAAACUUGUGCGCCAAGUGUUGGACAGUGGAGCAUGAUUAACAAGAAAAUGAUCAAUGGAGGAAUCAUAGACAACUGG